UUUUGCCUGUCUCUAUACUACUCGCAGUCUCUUUCAUAUUCGUGGUAGGCUGGAAUUUUGGGGGGUCAUCAAAGAUAUGGUUUCUUGGAGGAUUGGUUAGAUCGAGAAUAUCGCAACUGUUCAUCCUUUCCUUUGCGGAAAAAAUUCGUUCAUCUAGAGAACCAAGUCUAUAUAUACUAGAUUAAUUUAGAUUUAGAGAUGGGAAUUCUCGCUAUGUGUCCUUGCCACGGUAACUAAGAGCAUCUCCAAAAGAUCUUCUAAAUGACUUUGUAUCUGGAAAAAUAGAAAAGGGCGCUAAAAAUCGGCUUCCAACAGGUCUUCUAAAAUCCUCCGCUGGCUUUCUUCUCCUUCAUCCCGUGAAAGCCGGUAGCCAUGUUUGCCGCUCCCCCGCCGCUUGCCAUCGGAGAUUCCCGCCCGCGUACUCCCGUUCCCGCGAGCACUCGCCCUCCCGCGCGCCCAUUUUGGCGGCUCCAUCCCGCGCUUGACCCCUCUCGCUCGCGUGACCCCUCUCCCGGCUUUCUCCCCGUCGCGCGGCCAUCGCCUCCUCUCGCUGCUCCCGCCUCCUCGCGCCGCCGCCGCUCGUUGUCGCCAUGUUCAAGCGGCCGCACCCUGCCGGAGACGCGCCGAUGAGCCGCUUGUACCCUCUUCCGCCGGUGCCGCUCCCGCGCCCUACUGCCGUGGCAGAGCUGCUCCCACGCGCUGCCCUCCUCGCGCCGGCGCCGAUUGUCUCGACACCUCUAGAGGAACCCAGGUUCGCUUAUCCGCCAUCUAACUUCAGUGGCCAGAUGCGUGAGGAUCUGCUCAAUGGUGAGCAAUUCGUACGGGAUGGCUGCAGUGGUGAUAUGGGUUUAGGGUCAUAUUUCAGCGAUCUCAUAAAUCUGCCUGUACAAGAGUCUCAAGAUCAUGGUCCUGCAGCAGCUAAAGGAUCCCAGGGAAGAACAAAAAAAUUCAGAGAUGAUGAGGACAGACUGCUUGUGUCUGCAUGGCUAAAUGUGGGCAUGGAUCCUAUUCGAGGAGUUGAUCAAUCACAAGCCUCCUAUUGGGAAAGAAUCCAUGACUAUUUCCAUGCUAACAAGUCAUUCGAGUCAGAUCGUACACAAGGUUCUUUAAUGAAUCGAUGGUCCACUAUACAACAUGAUGUCAAUACUUUUUGUGGAUGUGUGACCAGGAUUGAGGAUAGAAAUCAGAGUGGUUGCUCAGUUGAUGACAAGAUUGCAGCAGCAUGUGCACUGUUUAAGUCAGAAGACAAGAAACAUAGGAAUUUUGCCUUAAUGCAUUGCUGGAGAAUUCUGAAGGACCAGCCCAAGUGGAUGGAAAGACGCAAGCAAAUUGGUGGACCAAAAACAACUAGUAAUAAGAAACAGAAGACAAAGGAAAACUCUUCUCCGUCAUCACUUCUACCCGUAGUCACAAAUGCUAGUAGCGGUGCAAAUGAAGCACCAGCUCAAGAUUCUUCACAAAGACCGAAUGGAACCAAGAAGGAGAAAAAGAAGCUACGCCAACGUUCGACCAUCGAAGCAUUGGACUAUCUUGCUGCAAAGAUUAAAGAAGCUGAUGCUCUGAAAGAUUUGAAGAAAGAAGAGAGAUGCAACAAGGUCUUUGCUCUGCAGGAGGAAAAUAUCUGUUAGAGUAUAUUAGGGAUAUCUCUAUAUUAGGUAGAUUAUGAUUGUAUCCGUAUCCUACCAGAUCUGUAGGAGAGGCUUCUUGCCCUCCAAAUCAUGUACCCCUAUAUAUUCAGCCCCAAGGCUCAGGCUAAUACAAUCCAUCCAUUACACCAAUUCUAUCCCUUCUACAUGGUAUCACGAGACUAGGGUUCCUAAUCCUAGACCUAGCUUCCUUCCCUCAUCGCUUCGUCUAGCACAACCACGUCGCCAGCGUCGCCAUCUCGUCCCCGACUACUUCGUCUACUCCAGCAACAGCAGGCGUUGGCAUCUUCUACCUCGCCUUCUUCUGCGCCUGCGACUGCCAUGGAGGCCUUCUCUGCUGGUCCCCCUCGGUGACAUCAUCUGGUUGUGCAUCCUCCCUUGCACGUUCGGUAUUGGCAACACCGGUGCGUGCCCAUCGUCCCCGAUGCGUUCCCGAGCCUGGCAAGCUCGAGCAUGUGUCGCCCGAUGGCCUGACUGCUUCGACUUCGGCAUCGCUCCCUCUACGACUGCCUCGACGUGUCGCCAUCUUCGUCUCCGGCGUCUUCUCCAUUACGCCACCACCAUGGCGCCUCCUCGUGCGCCCGCGGCUUCAUGUGCGGCUACCUUGUCGUCGGCAACCUUGACAUAGCUACUUCGACCACGGCUACUCUACGUACGGCAUCAUCGACCAUGGCUACUCGCCCUCACCUCGGCUACCUCGACAUCGGCACAAAGGGCUAUCAUCUGCUUGAGCAACCUUGUGGUUUUCCACUCCAGCCACAACAUCUGCGGCGCACUGACCGUUGUGACUGCGGGGGGAUGUCAGUUUAUCGACUUCUCUCCAGUCUCACCGUCUGCGACGCUCCCGCUGUGACUGCAGGGGGAUGUUAGAGUAUAUUAGGGAUAUCUCUAUAUUAGGUAGAUUAG